CCACCGGCUGUCGCACAGGCCGCGUCGCCCGUCCGCCUCCGCUCACGUCUCGCAGCCUGCCUGCCGCCGCGCCCUCGCGCUCUCGCCGCGCUCUCCCUCGCGCCUCCACAGCCAGACAGACAGCCGGCCAGCGCGCAGCCAGGACGCGAUCCUGCUGGAGAAUCCCAGGAGGACGGCACGGAGAAAGGACCUGCCGGCCCGGCCAGGACAGACGCGCUUCCUGUGCAGCGAGCACGGCAAUGGACUCCUCGGUGCUGGCCGAGGGGUGGGGGCGAGGGGGCCCCGGCUGUCCCCGGCCGGGGCUGGUGCUGCACUGAGAGGAGCGGCCGCGCCAAGCCACGCCAACGCCACGCCGCGCCACUGACGCCGUACGGAGCCCCGCGCCAGCCCGCCUCUCUCUACCCCGACGCCGCCGCCGCCGCCACAUCCAUACUGCAUAGGCGAACCACUCUCGGAAUAGGUCAUGCCCCACGUCCUGAUGCCCGUCGUGCUGGAGGACAACACUCGUCUGCUGGCGCUGGCCGACCGGCUGCGGCAGCGGCGCGAGGAGUGCCACGCGGAGGUCCGCGAGCACCAGCAGUACCUGCAGCGCCAGCAGCAGCUGCCCCCGGAUAUAGGCGGAGGCAAGCAGGCAGUGCUCCUCAUCGGGGACGUGGGGCGGCGGAGCCGAGGCCAACGACUCGCUAUGGACCUACAGCAACUACUCGCAGUGCCUGAUCACACAGGAGACGUCGACCAAUGCGACGACGCACAUGGACCUGUGGGUCCCGGUCGUCAAGAAGGUGGCGCAGGUGGGCUACAGCGUCUCCCUGUUCACGCUCGUCGUCGCCUUCAUCAUUCUCCUGUCCAUCAAGAAGCUGCGCUGCCCCCGGAACAACCUGCACCUGCACCUCUUCGCGAGCUUCAUGCUGCGGGCCGCCAUGUGCCUGUUGAAGGACGUGCUCUUCGUGCAAGGGCUGGGUCUGCCCGCCGACCUCCAGCUGAUCGGCGACACGGUCGAAUUCAUCCCCGGCCGCAGCAACUGGGAGUGCAAACUCAUCGUCAGCCUGUGGCAGUACUCCAUCAUGGCCAACUUUUCCUGGAUCCUAAUGGAGGGCCUCUACCUCCACAACCUCAUCUUCUUAGCACUCUUCAGCGACAACAGCGCCAUCACGUUGUACGUCUGCCUAGGCUGGGGUCUUCCCGCUUGUGUGGUGCUGCCGUGGGUGAUCGGGCGGCGAUACCUCGACGACCACUAUUGCUGGAACGUACAUGCUCACGACGCUAUCUACUACGUGGUUCGCAUCCCCACUAUCAUCACGGUGUUUGUCAGUUUUGCCCUGUUCGUCAACAUUGCGAGAGUGCUCCUCAUCAAGAUGCAGGCAUCUGUUCAGGUGCAGCGGCGCAGCAUGCGAUACAAGCGCUGGGCGCGCUCCACGAUGGUGCUGGUGCCGCUGUUCGGGACGCAGUACGCGCUGUCCCUCGUCUUCCAGGCGGGCGUCGGCCACCACGAGAUCCUGGAGAUCAUCUGGAUCGGGGUGGACCAGACCUUCGCGUCGUUCCAGGGCUGUCUGGUGGCGCUGCUCUACUGCCUGAUGACGCGCGAGGUGCGCGUGGAGGUGCGCCGGCGCUGGCAGUCGACGCGCACCUUCUGGGGCGGCCGGCGGAGCGGGUCGUCCCGGCGCCCGGGGUCGCUGCUGCAGUCCGCGCCGUCGCUGUCGCGGCCCAACAACGGCCCGCCCGGCUACCGCCGCCCCAGCGACUUGCAAGGCCAGAUCUCGGGCCGGCUGGAGCUCGACCGGCUCGACGGCGUGCUCGACGACAACAACGACAACGUGAUCAUGGACGACAGCAAGAACAAGGACGUGGAGGUGCAGAGCAUGCAGGGGCUGACCACGGUGGCCGCGAGGACCAAAGGCCAGCUGGCGUCGUGUGGCGACGCCCAGAGCUGGGUGUGAAUACGCCGCGUGGAGCUCUUGGCCGCGACGCGGCGCGGAGUAUCGCCGCGAGGACGAACACUAAGCUAGCGGAGUAUGUCCGGCCGAUCCGUCCGCGGACUGACUGGUGUUACGUGCAGAGCACCACGUGGGUGCACGUGCCUCGGCGACUCGGGGCCACCGGGACCGGGCGUCCCUCGCAUUAGGAAAACAACAUUACCGCUAACGUGUGAAAGAGUUUUUAUUAGGUUAGCCAUCCACGUGCCAUUUCGGGUACUUAUUCCCCCCCAGUCCUUUAGUUAGGUAAGAACACGGAUCUCACAAUUCUGACUGACAUGUCUGACAUGCGUGACAUGACGUUAUUUAAAUGUUCUAUUUAUUUGUCGAUGUUUAUGUUGUGUGUUCUAUGUUUAAGUGUCAAAGGUAAGAAAAAAAUAAACUCAGGGACCUUGUGUAGCGUAGACGUACGCGAUAUUUGUAGAGGUGUCAGUGACUCAUAGCGUCUCUUGGCGAUUAGCUUGACACGUUUCUGUCUUUUUUUCGUGAUGUUCACGUGCUCUCCACCCAGCCAGAGGUCUGGCAAUAGCUCUAAAGGGCCACGAUUUUGCCUUUCAAAACCGACGAUGACUGUAGAUUCAGGACUUGCUAAGCGUGAGAGUUAGAAAUAGACGAAAGUGACAUUACCUAUUUUUAUAUUUGCUCGUUGAACAGGAAACAAAUCAUCAUUCCUACCACAUUUUGUGUUAUUAUGUUGAAAUGGAUCAUUGUGUUGCUCAAAAAUACAAUAAUUCCCUGAUUACUCGAUCUCCGAAAAGAAACCUGUCUUGUUUUGGUCAUUCAUUUCCCUCCCAUACCCAGCAGUCUCGCAAAACAUAUCGAAAACCGCACACAGUUAACCCCGUUAGCUCCUUAACAGGCUGUGAGAAUCGUUGAAGAUCAUUAUUUAUACCAUUCACUCUCCCUCCAUGUCGUGGUAUGGGUGGCAGCACUGCUGUUGUCUGCAUCGUCUACUAUACAGCUUCCAUAACCCGCCGACUGAUGGCGCCACUGUCGCCUAUCGAACCUUACUUGUUACCUUGGAACCAAUAAAGAUUCUCUUGCUACACUGACCA